GCGAUCUCUGCAAACCUCUCUCUUCAGGGAAGCCUAUCCUGCCCUCAGCUAAUACUGGAAUCUUCUACUCUCCCUACCAGUCCAUCCCCCACACCCCUCCCUUCUAGAUUGUACUCAGUGUCCUCCAUCCUUCUCUGCCAGUCCCUCCACUGGCCUCCACUCAGUGUCCUCCACCCCUCUCUGCCAAUCCCUCCACUGGCCUCCACUCAGUGUCCUCCACCCCUCUCUGCCAAUCCCUCCACUGGCCUCCACUCAGUGUCCUCCACCCCUCUCUGCCAAUCCCUCCACUGGCCUCCACUCAGUGUCCUCCAUCCCUCUCUGCCAAUCCCUCCACUGGCCUCCACUCAGUGUCCUCCACCCCUCUCUGCCAAUCCCUCCACUGGCCUCCACUCAGUGUCCUCCACCCCUCUCUGCCAAUCC